CGGACACACAGACAGCAAACCGACACAUUCAGUGACAUGAUAGGCCCUUGUGGAUGAUUCAGCGGAUGCACAGCACGCUCCUUUCCAUCCUUCCCCCAGUGUAUUUAACGUUUUGUGAAUGAAGGCAUGCUGGAUUCAUGUUGCCAAAUUAUUCACAGAGCAGGAAGUAGGAACUAGUUAAAAUGAAAGUUGACAGAACCAAGUUAAAGAAGACCCCCACAGAGGCGCCUGCUGACUGCAGGACGCUUAUUGAGAAGUUGAAGGGAUGCAGCGACGAGCAGCUGCUGCUGGAGCUGCAGCACAUAAAGACAUGGAACAUUGGAAAGUGUGAGCUGUACCACUGGGUGGACUUACUGGACCGCUUUGAUGGGAUCCUGUGUGAUGCCGGCCAGACUGUGGAGGACAUGUCCUGGCUGCUGGUGUGCGACCGGGUGGACAAUGGUCAGCUGAAGGCCCUGCUGCUGGCCGUCCUCAACUUCACAGCCUUGCUGAUAGAGUACAGCUUCUCCAGACACUUGUACAGCUCCAUUGAGCACCUAACAACCCUUCUAGCAUCAUCUGACAUGCAGGUGGUCCUGGCCGUGCUGAACCUGUUGUAUGUAUUCAGCAAGAGGUCCAAUUACAUCACAAGGCUGGGCUCUGACAAGAGGGCGCCUCUGCUGGCGCGCCUGCAGCACCUGGCAGAGAGCUGGGGAGGGAAAGAGAAUGGAUUUGGUCUGGCUGAGUGCUGCAGGGACCUGCCCAUGGUGAAGUACCCUCCCAGUGCCACAACACUGCACUUUGAAUUUUAUGCCGAACCUGGGUCUGAGGUUAAAGCGGAAAAAAAGACGAGUAGUAAUACACUACACUACAUUCAUAUAGAACAGCUCGACAAGAUCUCAGAGAGUCCGUCGGAGAUCAUGGAGUCUCUGACCGUCAUGCACAGUAUCCCCAAGGACAAGCAGACUCUGCUCUUUACUCACAUCCGCCUGGCACACGGCUUCUCCAACCACAAAAAGAGACUGCAGGCCGUUCAGGCCCGUCUGCAUGCCAUCUCCAUUCUUGUUUAUUCCAACGCGCUCCAAGAGUCUGCAAACAGCAUCCUCUACAAUGGACUCAUAGAGGAAUUGGUGGAUGUUCUGCAGAUUACAGACAAACAUCUGGUGGACAUCAAGGCGGCCUCUCUGCGCACUCUGACCUCCAUAGUGCAUCUCGAAAGAACACCCAAACUCUCCAACAUCAUUGAUUGUACCGGCAUGGCCUCUUACCAUGGCUUUCUGCCUGUGCUGGUGCGAAACUGCAUACAGGCCAUGAUCGACCCCUUAAUAGAGCCGUACCCGCACCAGUUUGCCACAGCGCUCUUCUCCUUUUUGUACCACCUGGCCAGCUAUGAUGCUGGUGGAGAGGCCCUUGUCUCUUGCGGCAUGAUGGAAGCCCUGCUGAAGGUGAUAAAAUUCCUGGGAGAUGAGCAGGACCAGAUCACCUUUGUGACACGGGCAGUCCGGGUGGUUGACCUCAUCACCAAUCUGGACAUGGCUGCCUUCCAGUCCCACGGUGGCCUCUCUAUAUUCAUCUGCAGGCUGGAGCAUGAGGUGGACCUGUCCCGGAAGGAUUGCCCAUUCAUCAUCAAGCCAAAGACUCAGAGGCCUGGCAUGGUUACAGACACUGAGGACAUGGAUACAGACACGGAUGGUCAGCCUGUGCCUGAUGUUGCCAUGGAGAGCAGCCCUGGCCCGUCCACCUCUGCUGAGCCCCGCCCUGAAGGAGAAUCCCGUGCGCAGAGCAGCCCCGCAUACACACAAAGAGCAGGUGUGCAGUGUAUUCCCCAGAGAGCGGCUCUGCUCAAGUCCAUGUUGAACUUCCUGAAGAAAGCCAUUCAGGAUCCUGCCUUCUCUGACGGAAUUCGCCACGUGAUGGACGGGUCCCUGCCUACCUCACUCAAGCACAUCAUCAGUAAUGCCGAGUACUAUGGACCUUCCCUGUUCCUCCUGGCCACGGAGGUGGUGACCGUGUUCGUGUUCCAGGAGCCCUCUCUCCUCUCCUCCCUGCAGGACAACGGCCUCACCGAUGUCAUGCUGCACGCAUUGCUCAUCAAAGAUUCUCUCUCUCUGCAGGUCCCUGCCACACGGGAGGUAUUGGGCUCGCUCCCCAAUGUCUUCAGUGCCCUGUGCCUCAACGCCCGUGGCCUGCACUCCUUUGUUCAGUGCCAGCCCUUUGAGCGCCUCUUCAAGGUGUUGUUGUCCCCAGAUUAUCUUCCUGCCAUGAGGCGCCGUAGGAGCUCAGAUCCUUUGGGUGAUACUGCUUCAAACUUAGGUAGUGCAGUGGAUGAAUUGAUGAGACACCAACCUACUCUCAAAACAGAUGCAACGGCUGCAAUAAUCAAGCUGCUGGAGGAGAUCUGCAGCUUGGGACGGGCCCCGGAGUACAUAUGCCAGAAGCCUUCCAUCCAGAAGUCGGAUGGUGCUACUUCAGCACCACCAGCCCGGUCCAGCCAUGCUGCCGAGGAGGCCUCCAGCGAAGAUGAGGAAGAGGAGGAAGCUCUGCACUCUUUCACGCAGCAGCAGGGGGAGCUGGAGAGCAAUCGACAAGUUGUUGGCACAGAAGAUAGGAUACCCAUUCCCCUGAUGGACUACAUACUGAAUGUGAUGAAGUUCGUGGAGUCCAUUCUGAGCAACAACACUACAGAUGACCACUGUCAGGAGUUUGUAAGGCAGAAGGGCCUCUUGCCCCUGGUUUCCAUCCUGGGCCUGCCUAACCUGCCAAUUGACUUUCCCACCUCUGCUGCCUGCCAAGCCGUCGCAGGCGUGUGCAAGUCUAUUCUGACAUUGUCCCAUGAGCCCAAGGUGCUACAGGAGGGCCUGUGUCAGCUGGACUUGAUCCUGUCUCUGCUGGAGCCGCUGCACCGGCCCAUCGAGGCACCUGGUGGCUCCGUCUUGCUGCGUGAGCUGGCCACGGCAGGUCAUGUGACUGACGCAACGCUGUCUGCUGGGGCCACACCCCUGCUGCACGCUCUUACCGCGGCGCACGCCUACAUCAUGAUGUUUGUGCACACCUGCCGAGUCGGUCAGAGUGAGAUCCGGGCCAUCUCUGUCAACCAGUGGGGCUCUCAGUUGGGUCUGAACGUCCUGAGCAAACUCAGCCAGCUGUACUGCUCCCUGGUGUGGGAGAGCACAGUCCUGCUGUCCCUCUGCACACCCAACAGCCUGCCUCCAGGCUGUGAGUUUGGCCAGGCUGACAUGCAGAAGCUGGUGCCCAAGGAGGAGAGACCCACGGGAAGCAGCACCACCAACAGCACGACCCCUGUCUCCACCGCUGGAGUCCGCAGAGCUGGAGAGGGCGAAAGCGACAGCGGGGCAGGUGUGGACCCCUCCGCGCAGGUUCUGCUCGAAGGCAUGGGGUUGGAUGGAGACACGCUGGCCCCCAUGGAGACUGACGAGCCCACGGCUGCCGCAGACCCCAAGGCCACGAAGUCCAAGCUGACUCCUGCCAUGGCUGCCCGCAUCAAGCAGAUCAAGCCGCUGCUCUCCGCCUCCUCCCGUCUAGGCCGGGCCCUGGCGGAGCUCUUUGGCCUGCUAGUGAAGCUGUGUGUCGGCUCUCCGGUGCGGCAGCGGCGUUCCCACCAUGCUGCCAGCGCUGGGACUGUGCCCACGCCUGCCGCCCGUGCCACCGCAUCCUCCCUCACCAAGCUGCUCACCAAGGGGCUCAGCUGGCAGCCGCCUCCCUAUACACCCACGCCCCGCUUCCGGCUGACGUUCUUCAUCUGCUCAGUGGGCUUCACCUCACCCAUGCUGUUUGACGAGAGGAAGUACCCCUACCACCUCAUGCUGCAGAAGUUCUUCUGUUCCGGGGGUCACGAUGCCCUGUUCGAGACGUUUAACUGGGCACUGUCCAUGGGAGGUAAGGUACCAGUAUCUGAAGGCUUGGAGCACCCGGAGCUGCCAGAUGGCACUGGCGAGUUCCUGGACGCCUGGCUCAUGCUGGUGGAGAAGAUGGUGAAUCCAGCGACAGUUUUGGACUCGCCCCACGCCUUGCCUGCCAAGGUGCCCGGGUCGGGCCCUGUCACACCCCAGUUCAGCGCCCUGCGUUUCCUCAUAGUCACUCAGAAGGCCGCGUUCGGCUGCAUCCGCAACCUGUGGAACCGCAAGCCCCUGAAGGUGUACGGCGGCCGCAUGGCAGAGUCCAUGCUGGCAAUCCUGUGCCACAUCCUUCGGGGAGAACCUGUAAUCCAGGAGCGAUUGGCGAAGGAGCGGGAAGGAGGGGCCCGUCCGGAGGAGGAUUCCAGUACUGGUAGUGCAGCAGGUCCUGGCGGAACUGGGACGACUAGUGCGGCAGGUGCUGGGCCCACUACUGGAGGGACUGGGUCUGGGACUGGGACAACUGAAGAGGCGGGGUCCUCUGCUUCAAGGAGAGAACCUCAGGUGAACCAGCAGCAGCUUACUCAGCUGAUCGAUAUGGGAUUCUCCAGAGAGCAUGCCAUGGAGGCCCUGCUGAACACCAACACGAUGGAGCAGGCCACAGAGUACCUGCUGACACACCCCCCACCCCUGCUAAGUGGCACAGUCCGGGAUCUCGCCAUGUCUGAGGAAGACCAGAUGAUGAGAGCCAUCGCCAUGUCCCUGGGACAGGAGGUUAGCAUGGAACAGCGUUCUGACUCACCAGAGGAGGUGGCACGACGUCGUGAGGAGGAGGAGAGGCGAGCACGAGAGCGGGCGGAGGAGGAGGAAGCGCGCUGCCUCGAGCGCUGCCUCGAGGCUGAACCUCUGGACGGGACGGAGCUGCAGGCCUUCACGGAUGCUAUGCUGCCUGGCUGCUUUCACCUGCUGGACGAGCUCCCCGACACGGUGUACCGCGUGUGCGACCUGCUCAUGACCGCCAUCAAACGCAGCGGUCCUGAGUUCCGUGACCUUAUCCUCAGACAGGUGGUCGGCCAGGUCUGGGAAGCGGCCGACGUGCUGAUCAAGGCUGCCAUGCCGCUCACCACAAGCGACAGCAGGACCGUGCUGGAGUGGAGCAGCCAGAUGAGCACGCUGCCCCAAGCCUCAAGCCUGGCCACCCGCAUCCUGCUCCUGACGCUGCUCUUCGAGGAGCUGAAGCUGUCAUGCGCUCGCAUUGUGGAGAGCAGCAGCAUACUCAGCGUGCUGGUGAAGCUGCUGGAGGUCGUGCAGCCCUGUCUGCAGGCAGCCAAAGAGCAGAAGGAUGUCCAAACUCCCAAGUGGAUCACCCCAGUACUUUUGCUGAUUGACUUUUAUGAGAAAACAGCAGUCUCUUCAAAGCGGAGAGCCCAUAUGAACAAGUACCUGCAGCCAAAUGGCAACAACUGGCGCUGGUUUGAUGACCGCUCAGGUCGCUGGUGCAGCUACAGCGCCAGCAAUAACAGCACCAUCGACACAGCCUGGCGAGCGGGAGAGACCAGCGUGCGCUUCACUGCUGGCCGCCGUCGCUACACCGUGCAGUUUAACACCAUGGUGCAGGUAAAUGAAGAGACGGGGAAUCGCCGUCCUGUGAUGCUGACCGUGCAGCGAGCUCCCCGCAUCCCCAGGCCCUCCAAGAGUGACAUCCCCAAUGACACGGAGCGUGAGAGGGAGGAGGUGGAGGAUGAACAUGGGAGCCGGACUGAGGAUGGCCCGGCCGAGACAGAGUCAUCGUCUUUUGCCAUUGAGAUGUCAGCCACCAAAGAAGCUGCCCCAGACCAAAAGGACCCCAUGACUCCUGGGCCGCUUGCCCUCGGUGGGCCUCCCCCUCCGAGUCGGGAUCCCGCCGCCGCGCUGGAGCCGGCCAUCCAGGGCCUGUCCGAAGACAUGAUCACCGUGCUGAUUCGCGCCUGCGUCAGCAUGAUCGGCGUGCCGGUGGACCCGGACACUCUGCACGCCACGCUGCGGCUCUGCCUGCGACUGACGCGCGCCCACCGUCACGCCAUGACCUUCGCUGAGCUGCGCAGCACACGCAUGAUCCUGGGCCUCACACAGAGCUCCGGCUUCAGCGGCUUCACCCCGCUGGUCACGCUGCUCUUCCGCCACAUCAUCGAGGACCCGGCCACACUCCGCCACACCAUGGAGAAGGUGGUGCGCUCUGCGGUGACGAGCGGCGCUGGCAGCACGACCUCGGGUGUGGUGUCUGGUAGCCUUGGCUCACGAGAGAUCAACUAUAUCCUGCGUGUUCUCGGACCGGCAGCCUGCCGCAGUCCUGAGUGCUUCACGGACACGGCGACCAGCUGCAUGCGUAUUGCGCUGCCGGCACCCAGGGGCACAGGAACUGCCUCUGAUGAUGAGUUCGAGAACCUGCGGAUCAAGGGGCCGAAUGCUGUCCAGCUCGUGAAGACCACCACCCUGAAGCUCUCGCCCUUGCCCCCCAUCCCUGAUCCUAUUAGGGAGGUCAUCUAUGACAUGCUGAAUGCCCUGGCUGCCUACCAUGCUCCAGAGGAAGCAGAGAGAACGGAGAGCCGGCUGACGGCAACACCUGGGAGCCAAGACCUCAGCCAGAUCCUGCAGGAUGUCGGCGAUGACGUGUACCAGCAUUACCGCCUGACGCGGCAGGGCAGUGACUUUGACUCACAGACCGCCUUCAACAUCAAUAGCCAGGUGUUUGCGGCAGAUGGAGGUGCGGCGGAGUCGUCCCAGUCGGGUACUCCCCAGGGGGAGGCUUCCACUCCAGAGGAGGCACGGGAGGGCAGGAAGGAGCGUGAGAGCGAGCGCGGUUCUCCCUCAGACGAUGGCCGGGGCACUAAGGGCAAGGCCAGCAAGCCCCUGAUGCCCACCUCCAGCAUCCUGCGGCUUCUGGCUGAGCUCGUGCGCUCCUACGUGGGCAUCGCCACACUCAUCGCGUCCUACAGCUACACUGCCGGCCAGUCUGAGCUCAUCAAGGAGGACUGCAGCGUGUUGGCCUUCGUGCUGGACCACCUACUGCCUAACACCCAAAGCUCCGAAGACAAGGACACCCCGGCUCUGGCGCGGCUCUUCCUGGCCAGUCUGGCGGCUGCUGGCACAGGCACGGAUGCCCAGGUAGCCCUGGUCAAUGAGGUGAAGGCAGCGCUCAGCCGCGCUCUGGCCAUGACGGAGAGCACAGAGAAGCAUGCUAGGCUCCAGGCUGUAAUGUGCAUCAUAAGCACAAUCAUGGAGUCCUGCCCCUCCAGCUCCAGCUUCUACAGCACCGCCGCCGCUAAGACGCAGCACAACGGCGUGAACAACAUCAUCCGCCUCUUUCUGAAGAAGGGCUUGGUGAACGACCUGGCACGUGUGCCCCACAGCCUCGACCUCUCCAGUCCCAACAUGGCCAACACAGUGAAUGCAGCAUUAAAACCUCUGGAGACCUUGUCCCGAAUUGUGAACCAGCCCAGCAGUAUUUUUGGGGGUAAGGGCAACUCCAGCAAGAGCAAGACGGAGCACGAAGUAGUGGGCACAGCCAGGGACAGUAACAGUGCCACACAGGAGCCAGGUGAUACUGGAGAGGCAGAGCCAGUGGAGGGCACUGCCCCUGUUCAAGGGACAGAUGGCGACCUCAUGGAUGGGGAGACUGAGGGUGACACCGUGGUCAUUGCAGGGCAGCCAGAGGUGCUCAGCACCCAGGAGAUGCAGGUGGAGAAUGAGCUGGUCGACUUGAUAGAUGAGCUGUUGGAGAGAGAUGCAGGAACUCUCAACAGUACCAUCAUCGUGGGACGGACUGGCGAGGACGAAUCUCAGGAGGAUGUGCUGAUGGAUGAGGCCCCAUCAAACCUGAGCCAGGCAUCAACACUGCAGGCGAACAGAGAAGACUCCAUGAACAUCCUCGAGCCUGAAGAUGAGGAACACACGCAGGAGGAAGACUCCAGUGGCAGCAAUGAAGAUGAAGAUAGCCAGGAUGAGGAGGAGGAGGAAGAGGAGGAGGAGGAGGAAGAGGAUGAUCAGGAUGAUGAAGAGGGCGAUGAGGAUGAUGAUGACGAAGGCUCUGAGAUGGAGCUGGAUGAAGACUAUCCCGACAUCAAUAGCGCCCCUCAUAUUCGUUUUGAGCGAUUUGAUCGUGAUGAUGACCUCAUCAUAGAAUUUGAUAACAUGUUUUCUACAACAGCUGACAUCCCUCCCUCCCCGGGCAACAUCCCCAGCUCCCAUCCCUUGAUGGUGCGGCAUGCAGACCACGGCUCGCUCACCCUCGGGGGCACGGGGGCCAGUGGCCGCCUGACGCAGGGUGUGGGGCGGAGCCAGCGCACUCUGCGGCAGCUCACGGCCAACACUGGCCACACCAUCCACGUACAUUACCCCGGCAACCGGCAGCCCAACCCUCCUCUCAUCUUGCAGAGGCUCCUGGGCCCCAGUGCAGCCGCAGACAUCCUGCAGCUGUCCAGCUCGCUGCCCCUGCAGUCCCGUGGCCGUGCCCGUCUGCUGGUGGGCAACGAGGACGUGCACAUCAUCGCACGCUCCGAUGACGAGCUGCUGGACGAUUUCUUUCAUGAGCAAAGCAGCACUGGAGGGCAGGCAGGCACACUCUCCAGUAUACCCACAGCCUUGACCCGAUGGACGGAUGAAUGUAAGGUCCUGGAUGCCGAGAGCAUGCAUGACUGUGUGGCUGUGGUGAAGGUGCCCAUUCUUCAGCACUUGGAGAGCUUGCGGGACGAGGAGCUUGAGGAGCGAAGAGAAAAGAGGCGGCGGCAACUGGUCGAAGAGGAGGAGGCCAAGCAGAACGAUAAGACCGGGACUGGAACAGAGGAAGGCCAUGAGCAGAGUCUGCAGGGUUCAGCGCUGAGAGCCGUUAAUGGUGCAGGACGAUCGGCUGAAGCUGAGCAGCCCCAGUGCGGGGUUUCCUCGUGCCUGGAUCCGCCCCGCUCGACCGAGGGCUUCCUCACCGCGCCGCCGUCAGGAGAGGCCACACCCACCACCUCUGGUCCCUCCCACGAGCCGGCCCUGGUCUCCCUGGAGGCUGCGGUGAACCAGCAGGUGCACCAGCCAAUGACGGAGCUGCUGCUGGCUGAGCCGCACGCCAAUUCACUGGUGGCACUUGCCAGGGCCGACCUGCCCGAGGUGUCUGCGCCGGACAGGCCCAGCUGUGAAGUAGAAGCCUCUCAGAUGGAGAUGUCUCCGGCCCCCACCAUCGGUACGCAUGCCUCCCUCAGCCCGGAGAGGGUGGAGAGCUCCGAGCCCCUAGCAGCUGGUGCCUCCCACAGGGAGGGCUCACCGAUGGACACGAGCAGCCCUGCGUCGGCCAUGCAGGAAGAGCCUGCGUCCAGCACAGCCCAGGCCGACCUUGCGGCCCAGGAGCUGCCGGCAUGUCAGGAUGGAGCUCAGGCUGACAGGCAGACAGAGAGGGAGGCAGGAGCUGCAGUGUCCUCUCCCAGUGAGGCAGUACCUCAGAGUAACAGUGGAGACGGCCAAGCCCAGGCCAUUGAGGAAGAGCCGCUGCCUUCCACCAGCAAUGAGGAAGAGGACCCUCUUGCUGGAAUCAGUCUACCUGAAGGGGUAGACCCAUCUUUCCUGGCUGCUCUUCCAGAAGACAUCCGCCGGGAGGUUCUUCAGAACCAGCUGGGUAUCAGGCCUCCUUCCCGGCCCCCCGCUGCCCCGGCACUGCCCACAUCCACAGCGGCCGUGCUCGGGGGCAGUCCCGGGGUCACUGAGGUCAGCCCAGAGUUCUUGGCUGCCUUGCCUCCUGCUAUUCAAGAAGAGGUGCUGGCACAGCAGCGCGCCGAGCAGCAACGACGAGAACUCUCCCAGCAGCCGGCACAGGGCGACCAGCCCCUGGACCCUGUCACCUUCAUCCAGACCUUGCCCUCUGAGCUGCGGCGCAGCGUGUUGGAGGAUAUGGAGGACAGCGUGCUGGCUGUGAUGCCACCUGACAUUGCGGCAGAGGCUGCUGCGUUGAGGCGUGAGCAGGAAGCCCGACAUCGCCAGCUGAUGCACGAACGACUCUUCGGUCAUAGCUCGUCCUCCGCCCUCUCGGCCAUCUUGCGCUCACCUGCCUUUAACAGCCGGCUGGGAGCAAACCGUGGUGUCCAGUACACCCGCCUGGCUGUGCAGAGGGGCGGGGCCUUCCAGAUGGGUGGCACAGCUAACCACAACCGUCCAUCAAGCUCCAACGUGGACUCCUUGCUGCGCCUUCGGGGGAGGCUCCUGCUGGACCACGAGGCGCUCUCCUGCCUCUUGGUGCUGCUGUUCGUGGACGAGCCUAAGCUGAACACCAGCCGGCUGCACCGCGUGCUGCGGAACCUGUGCUACCACUCGCAGACUCGUGGCUGGGUCAUUCGCAGCCUGCUGUCUAUCCUGCAGCGCAGCAGUGAGAGUGAGCUGUGCGUGGAGAUGGCCCGCUCGCCCCACGGCGACGAAGCCAGAGGCAAGCGUGCUCUGGGCUCGGCCGCCGGCAAAGGUGCCCCGCUGUCUUCGGGUUCUUCGUCAUCUUCAUCGUCGUCCUCCUCAUCGCUUUCCCCCUCCACGUCGUCCUCCUUGGACUUGUUGAACCGGAUGGAGGCACGCAGCUCUGGGCAGCUCUCCUGGCUGUCGGUCUCCAUGGACGCAGCCUUAGGCUGCCGCACCAACAUCUUUCAGAUUCAGCGCGCUGUGGGCCGCAAGCACUCGGAGCGCCACCCAGCUGGUACCGGAGGAAGUGCGUCCGGCAUGGGGGGCGGAGGGGGAGGAGUGGCCUGUGCGGGCGGGGGCUCCACGGUACACAUCCAUCCGCAGGCCGCCCCAGUGGUGUGCAGACAUGUACUCGACACGCUCAUCCAGUUGGCCAAGGUCUUCCCCAGCCACUUCACUCAACAACGAUGUAAAGACUUGUCCUCUUCCUCGUCCUCUGAGCUGGACACUCGUUUGUGCACUGGGUCCUCUUCGGGGUCAGGGAGCGGAGGCGGCCGGUGCCUCGGCACUCCCCAGACAGUCACCUGCUCUGGCCCUACAUCCAAUAGCAACUCCAUGGCUGCCUGUUCUGCCACUAGCUCAUCCAUACCCCAGUCCCUGGGCAUCUCCACAGACUUUUGGGAUCUGCUGGUGAAGCUCGACAACAUGAACGUGAGCCGUAAGGGCAAGGCUUCAAUGAAGACUGUGCCUCCAGGGGGCGCUGGAGAGGCAGAGGGGGCCCAGGGUAGUUUAGAGGCGUCACCCUUGGGGCAGCUGAUGAAUAUGCUGUCCCAUCCGGUGAUUCGCCGGAGCUCCCUGUUGACAGAGAAGCUGCUGCGCUUACUCUCGCUCAUUUCUAUCGCGCUCCCUGACAACAAGGCAACCGAGGCUCCUCCAGCAGCGGGCGCCCCCGCGCCCACCCCGGGUACGGCCGCCCCGGCUACGGCACAGCCAGUCUCCUCAGGUCCUGGCACGGGGCAGACUUCGGCGCAGCUCUCUGCGAAUGCCGCUCCAUCUGCCUCUACCUCUACCACAGGUUCAUCUGCUGCAGUGAAGCCACGAGUGUCUGUGAACAGUGUAGAAAGUGACAGUAAGCUGGCCUCCACUGGUUUGACUGAGAAACAGCUGCAGCUGUCUGUGGAGGUAUUGACCUCGCACUCUUGCUCGGAAGAGGGUUUGGAGGAUGCCGCCAACAUCCUCCUGCAGUUAUCCAGAGGGGAUGCAUCCACACGGGACACGGUGCUUAGACUGCUGCUAAGUGGAGCACGUCAGUUGGGCUACACACUAUGCAAGCAGAUCGGCACGCUGCUGGCUGAGUUGCGGGAGUACAACUUGGAGCAGCAGAGAAGAGCCCAAACAGACAGCCACUCGCCGGAGGCCAUGCCUGAUGACCCGUCCCACUCGGCACGCCUCAAGGGGAAGAUGACCAGCAGGCGGGACCGCAGGUUCGAUGGGGCGGAGAGCGUGGUCAUCGUCGCAGCCCAGAAGCGCACGCUAGGAGGCCGGGAGCUGCAGCUCCCUUCCAUGAGCUCCCUGACUUCCAAGACUUCCACGCAGAAGUUCUUCCUGCGCGUGCUGCAGGUGAUCAUCCAGCUGCGGGAGGACACACGCCGUGCCAACAAGAAGGCCAAGCAGACCGGCCGGCUGGGCCCCUCCAGUCUGGGCUCCUCAAGCCUGGGCUCAGCCAGUAGCAUCCAGGCGGCAGUACGGCAGCUGGAGGCUGAAGCGGACGCCAUCAUCCAGAUGGUGAGGGAGGGGCAGCGGGCACGCCGGCUACAGCAACAGGCCCCCCCAUCAUCCUCUGCCGCCGCCGCCGCUGCUGCCCCCCAUCCCCCAAGCACGGCCCCAGCCAGCGUCACCCCUGCCAGCACGGCCAGCAUUGCUACGUCGGACGUCCCAGCUGUAUCAGAGGUUCCUCCGACUCAGAGAGAUGACUCCCCGAUGGAUGUGGAUCAGCCGUCCCCCCUGGGCCAGGAAGCACAGGCACUGGGUGGAGAAGCAAGCAGUCAGUUGGAACAUGAGGAGAAGUUGCCAGAUCUGCCUCUGCUGAGUGAGCAGCUUCUCCUGGAUGAGCUGUGGGACAUGCUCGGCGAGUGCCUGAAGGAGCUGGAGGAGUCUCAUGACCAACAUGCUGUGCUGGUUUUGCAGCCAGCGGUGGAAGCUUUUUUCCUGGUGCAUGCCACUGAGCGGGAGAGCAAGCCGCCGGUGCGAGACACGCGGGAGAGCCAGCUGUCCCACAUCAAGGAUGAGCCUCCGCCCUUAUCCCCAGCGCCGCUCACGCCAGCGACACCCUCCUCCCUAGACCCCUUCUUCUCCCGCGAGCCAUCCUCCAUGCAUAUCUCUGCCAACCUGCCUUCCGACACGCAGAAGUUCUUGCGUUUUGCCGAGACUCACCGCACUGUGCUGAACCAGAUCCUCCGCCAGUCCACCACACACCUGGCAGACGGUCCCUUUGCCGUGCUUGUUGACUAUAUCCGCAUCUUAGACUUUGACGUCAAGCGCAAGUAUUUCCGCCAGGAGCUGGAGCGUCUGGAUGAGGGCUUGCGGAAGGAGGACAUGGCGGUGCAUGUGCGUAGGGACCACGUGUUUGAGGACUCCUAUCGGGAGCUGCACCGCAAGAGCCCAGAGGAGAUGAAGAACAGACUCUAUAUCGUAUUCGAGGGAGAGGAGGGUCAGGAUGCCGGCGGACUACUGCGAGAGUGGUAUAUGAUCAUCUCCAGGGAGAUGUUCAAUCCUAUGUACGCGCUCUUCCGUACCUCUCCUGGAGACAGAGUGACCUACACCAUUAAUCCAUCAUCCCACUGCAACCCCAACCACCUCAGUUACUUCAAGUUCGUGGGACGUGUAGUCGCCAAGGCUGUGUAUGACAACCGGCUGCUCGAGUGCUACUUCACACGCAGUUUCUACAAGCACAUCCUGGGAAAGAGUGUCAGGUACACGGACAUGGAGAGUGAGGAUUACCACUUCUAUCAGGGUCUGGUCUACCUGCUGGAGAAUGAUGUUUCCACCCUGGGUUACGAACUGACCUUCAGCACAGAGGUCCAAGAGUUUGGGGUGUGUGAAGUGAGGGACCUGAAGCCCAAUGGAGCCAACAUCCUAGUGACAGAAGAGAACAAAAAGGAAUAUGUGCAUCUGGUUUGCCAAAUGAAAAUGACAGGGGCAAUUCGGAAGCAGUUGGCUGCCUUCCUGGAAGGCUUCUAUGAGAUCAUCCCCAAACGGCUCAUCUCCAUCUUCACGGAGCAGGAGCUGGAGCUGCUCAUAUCGGGUCUGCCCACAAUCGACAUAGAUGAUCUCAAAGCCAACACGGAGUACCACAAAUACCAGUCUAGCUCCAUACAGAUCCAGUGGUUCUGGCGGGCCCUGAGGUCCUUCGACCAAGCAGACCGGGCCAAGUUUCUGCAGUUCGUGACGGGCACGUCCAAGGUGCCCCUACAGGGCUUUGCUGCCCUGGAAGGCAUGAAUGGCAUCCAGAAGUUCCAGAUCCACCGAGAUGACCGCUCCACAGACCGCCUGCCCUCUGCUCACACCUGCUUUAACCAGCUGGACUUACCGGCCUACGAAAGCUACGAGAAAUUAAGACACAUGCUCCUGUUGGCCAUUCAGGAGUGCUCGGAGGGCUUCGGGUUGGCCUAGGCACCAGCACUUUCACAUAUACAGACCGUUCCAGAUUCUGAGACACACUGAACCUCUAACACUGGCGCCCCCGAGUAAAGGACUUCCUUUGGGCGUCGGACUGGCUAAGACUCGCCUAAUAUUGUACAGAGACAGAUUAAAAUACAUGCACACUCAGAAGGGAGGUAAAGGCGGACACGUCUUCGGGGGGGGGGGGGGGUGCACAUACCUACAAGUGGCAAACUGGUCAGAUAAGAGGAAGUGCAGCAGAUUGCCGAACAUGUAUUUUUGCCUUGUAGACACAGAGCUACAUACUGACGCGCAAAACAAUUUAGCAAAUUCUGUGUCUGCUUUUUCUCUCCCUCAGUAAAAUUGCAAACCUGCGAAGAGAGAACAUGAUAAAACUUGGACUAAUGUUAAAAUGUAUCCCCCCCCCCCAC